AUGAGGCUACUGGCCUUUUGCUUCCUAGUCUCAUCCGGCAUCUUACUCGCGAGGGGUCAGCACGAAUCGCUACUCACAAAAGCCCCGCCAGUAACGUCGGAAGCAACGGCAGAGCAACAGAGUGCUGCCGCAGAUAUGGCUGACACGAAUGAAUACGACUUCGUCCCAGUCUAUAUGCUCACAAAGCUCACAAAUGAAGAAGAGAAAGCUUUUACAUCUGCGAUCUCGGCUCUGGAAGAAGUCGUUGCCGAAGAAGACGACUACCUCCGGCCAAAACUCGUGCACUGGACCUCGGAUGUAGAUGAAUCUCAGUCUCACUUCUUCUUCUAUGCCGACCGUAGGAGUGUCGAGGACGGCGGAACAAUCGUUGCGGGACACGACUGGGGCACCCUGUGCAUCUCGAGGAGAGCGAACCAGAGAUUCACCAACUUUUGCCAAGAGAGAGGUAUUAGCCUCCCAACGGGUGGCUGGAAGAGCAUGGAUGCUAUCAUCGUGCAGUUAACAGAGGAGAUCAUCACCUGGGGCGUGACAUGGGGCCGCCAGCCGGGGCCGUCCUGGAAAUCAGCCUACCAGAAUCUGGAUCUUAACAACAUGCAAAUGUCUGAGCUCAUCGGCAUGCAUGGCGAGGAAAUCAACGUUCUGGAAGAUUCGGAUUGGGAUGCACAGACUUUUGAGAAGAGGCUCCGGGAAGAACUUGACUAG